AAUACGAUUAGGGAAAAAAGGAAGUGCAGCUAAAGCUAAAGUGGCCUUUUCUGGAAAAAUACUGGAGUGGACGCGAGCUGUCCGGUUCCUCUGGGUGUAAAGGGUUUGAAAAAUGAUCCGAAGAUGGAGGGUGGAGCUGUAGGUGAUUAUAGACGGAAUACGUUUAGAAAGAAGCUCUUAAAAUGAGCAGCGAUCAGUAAGUUUACUUCUUUACUUUAGCUAGCUUGUGCUAGCUUGUGCUAGCUAGCUAGCUAACGUUAGAAGAGUUUUGUAGAUCCGUUGGUUCUGAUCAUCUGAUCUGUAAAUGGAGUGGAUUCGUCGAGAUUUGUCAGAAAAUCAGCAACGUAAUGAUGGGAAACAUAGUCUGGGGUCGGGGCUCGGUGUCGGACCGAAAUGUGUGUCCACGGGUUUGGGUUCGGAUCCGAUUCCGGACGACUGGUGCGACAGCGGCCUGGAUUCACUCAUCAGCACCGAGUUUAUCAGCAUUGACAGUCCGGACCCGGUCCAGAUCACCGCCGAACCGUCUGAUCCUCCAGAACUCUGGGGCUCAGUUCGCUGCAGUGUGACUUUGGACGGAACCGAGACCGAGAGGCUGGACUCCGCCAUCGGGGACUCGAUCAACGACGAGACGGUGAAGAGUUUGUCUGAGCGAAUCGGUACCGUGAUCCUGAGCGAACCGACCGGUACAACGACUCAUCCGCCCGGAACGGAGGUCCAGGAUUGGGGCAGAGAUGAGAUCCACAACAUGCUCCGCUUCAUAUCAGAGGACGGAGACACGGCGCUGCACCUGGCUCUCAUCCAUGAGCAGUGGCAAUUUUUUCAUCGCCUGCUGGAGCUCAUCACUCACAACCCCAACUGGAAAUCUUACCUGGACAUUCAGAACGACCUAGGACAGACGGCACUGCACAUAGCCGUGAUUGUGUGCCGCAGUGAGUGUGUGUGUGCGCUGCUGAGAGCCGGUGCGAGUGUGGAGCUGCAGGAGAGAGGAGGAAACACUGCACUGCAUCUGGCUGUGUGUGAGCUGCAGGUCGAGUGUGUGAAGGAACUGACAAGAGCGAGAUGCACCUCACCCCAACACCUCAACAUCUACAACUACGCAGGAGUCAGCGCUCUGCACGUGGCUGUACAGAAGGGGAGGUGUGACAUCAUCAGGAUGCUGCUGGAGGCCGGAGCUGACGCGAACCAGAUGGAUCAGUGUGCGGGACGCUCGCCGCUGCACUGGGCCGUGGAGUAUCAGAGCUGUUCUGCGGUGGAGCUGCUGCUGCGGUGCGGGGCAAGCGUGGAUCAGCGCUCUUACUCCGGACACACGCCACUCUACUGCGCCCUCUACAGGCCUGACACACGACUGCGGGAGCUGCUCCGGAGCGCCGGGGCGUCUGACCCUUCCGACGAAGAAGAGGAAGAUGAGGACAAAGAGGAGGAGGAAGAGGAGAGAGAGAGCGAUGAGGAGGAGUUUGAUGAUGUCAUCAUCAACGGACAACGAGUGCUGUAGCUGUUCGAGAUGCAUGCGACCGGGCUGACAACCGUGUGUGUGUGUGUGUGUGUGUGUGUAAAAUUAGCGGUACAGGUAUGACCUCGCUAUGCUGUACAGAUUAAUGCUUAUUUUUGUUAGUUUUCGGAUCAGUACAGUGCUGAAGCUCAGAGGCUCAGGACUGGUCGAGGAGCCGCUUCAGCGUUUCACUAAACCUGGGGAUUGUACUGUACGCUGUAGACUGCAGAAACACAGUUACACACUGCUUCUGUUUGAACUUCACACGCAUCAGAGGUGUUAUUUUUUUUUUUUAAAGAGCUUAAGACGAAGCAGUAGCAGCUUCUAGCUUCUUUGGUCUCUCUCUCUCUCGCUCACAUCUCCAUCAGCAUGUGCUUGGAUCAGGCACCAAAAAGAAAACAGAAAAACCAAAAUUCAGGACUUUAGAGAUCAAAAACCAAAACCAGAAAAAAAGCUUGAUUCUACUUCGUCAUCAUCGUCAUCAUCAUCAUCAUCUUUCUCUUCUUCAUUAUUAUCAUUAUUAUUAUUCAUUAUUAAACUAAUUACUUAUUUUGCGCUGUCAUGUAAAACAAGCGUUAAAUGAAACUACCAGUUACUCAAUAAAAACAUUAUGAAGAUUAUAAAACAUUCAAAUGAUCGACAAACCGUUUUUGUUAUAAUAGUAAAAAAAUGUAAUCAGGAGUUUUAAUUUAAUUCACUUAAAUUCUACUAUGCAAAUUUUUUUAUUUUUUGUUUUAAGCAACAGUCAAAAAUAAAAAAGAUUUUCAGCAUUUUUCAAGUUAAAAUCUACAACACAAUGAAAACAGUCGCUUUUAUUAUAAACAAAUAGAUAUCUGUUUGGCCCAACGAUAAAUAACAAUAAAAUAAAAUUGUUAAAAUAUUACGUGCUAAAUUUUCAGGAGGUAAAUCGGGACGUUUUUCGGUUGCAAUUUAAAAAGAAUUCUGACGAUUUUAAAAAUGUAUUUCCUGGAAAAUUUUGGAUGGGAAAAUUCAGCGGGAUUCGAUAUCAGGAAAUGAAAUAUACGCUGAAACUGGAGCUUUACCUCUUUAUCUAAACCUGUUCAGACCUUUGGCCACGCCUCCUACUAGCCCGAGUUCGGCUUCGUGAUGCAGCAAUUCUUUUUUUUUUUUUAAACAGAUAACUGUGUGUGUGUGUGUGUGCUGUAUAAACAUCAGCACUGUUAGAUUGGUAGCUGCAGUAAAAAAAAAAAAAAAAAAGACACUACAAUUUUUGACGGAUUGGACAGCAUGUGAUUUGACUUUUUUGGCUUUUGAACUUUGAGCUGUGAUGAUAAGUGAUAGUGAAAGUGAUUAAAAAAAUGUAUAAAAAAAAAAAAAAAGGACAUUUCCAUUGGACUUACUGUUUAGGUGAUGAGUUUAAAAACUGUUGGCAGUUGUAGGUCUGUAGUUAAGGUUGUGUGUCUGCAUUACAAACACCUUUAAAAUCGCAGUGUUCCUGCUUGAGCUUUAGCUGUGUAUAGAUGAAUCCUUACAACAAAUACAACUAGAAGAUAUUCCAAGCGGUGGAAUUUAUAUAUGAUGAUCUAUAUUUAUAGUGUUUAUGUUGCAGCUUUGAUGUAAGCACGUUCAAUUUCUAACAUAUUUUGAUGUAGUUCUGUGUUUUUGUUUUUUUUUUCUGGGAAUGAAGAAGUAUAAAAGUAGCCAAAAGAAAAAUCGCUCAAAGUCAGCAAGGAGAAUUUUUUUUCGUAGUUGUAGAAAAAGCUCACGAGUUAUUCACGCACAGAGAAACGUACGGUUGUUAAGAACGCCCAGUAGUGAAAAAUAAAUAAAUAAAUAAAACUCCGCCUCCUGAAACAAACCAGAAAUGAUUAUUUUUCAAUUUAACGUUAAAUUUCUAAAAUUUAAAUCCUGAUUUAUAAAAUCCUCUUUUAAUCAAACAAAGUGUUUUUUUUAGUUCGAAACUGUGUAAAAAUGAUCGAAUUCAAUGAAAGUAAAUAGCUUUAGAUUUUGUGUGUAAAAAAAUAAAUAAAUAAAUAAAAUAAUAAUUUAAAAAACAGUUUUGGAUGAGAAUUGCUCUUUAGAUGUACCCAAACCCCAUCAGAUGUUCACAUGGAAUUAAAAAAGGUUUAUAAACUUAUAACGUUUUGCUGUAGCACAAAAACAAGAUACUAAAUCUUUUUUUUUUAUUGAGGUUGGAGAUGAUUUCAUCUGCAGAAAGAAUAAAAAAAUAGGAAAAGAAAGACAUGAAGUGUGUAAGUGAAGGAUGAAGGAUGGAAUAUACGACCGGAAGCAGACGGGAACCUGGAAGUUGAUUUGUACUGAUACGAUGAACAGAAUUAGAUGAUCGGAGACGUGAGGAUUUAAGUAUCAAAUAUUCUAAUAAUCUAUUGAGAACCUCCUGAUAAGGGCUCUGAACUCAUCCCUGUGAUGUUUCUCUUCUGAUUUAUUUUGUUAGGAUUUGUUUAUUUGGUCUGCCUCGUGUUGAAUCGGGUGACGGUUGAAGAUUGUAAAGUUUUAAUGCUUUAAAUGAAAAUAAAAAUGAUGAGGGGGGAAAAAAA